AUGCAGGUCGUGGCAUUGCCAUUGCCUCAUAGACCAUUAUUUCCAGGGUUUUACAUGCCCAUAUAUGUGAAGAAUAGACCAUCAGACUCUGUGAAUGUAAAAGGUUACCAUAUAGUGUACCAUCCUGCUGUUCCCCUCUUUUCUUAUUUGGUUCUGCACCAAUUUGAAAUGAUUUACAUCCAGAGAUUUGCUGACAUUGUGUUUAUUCCCUUACAGGAUCCUAAAUUACUAGCAGCCUUAGUGGAAAGUCGCAAACGACAAGCCCCAUAUGCUGGAGCUUUCCUUCUUAAAGAUGAGCCGGGGACUGAUCCUAGAAUAAUUUCUGGUUCGGAUGCAGAUAAAAAUGUACACGAUCUUAAAGGAAAAGAGUUGUUUAACCGUCUCCAUGAAGUUGGCACACUAGCACAGAUUACCAGUAUCCAAGGAGAUCAGGUUAUCCUUAUUGGUCACCGGCGACUUCGAAUAACGGAGUUGGUGAGUGAAAGUAGUUAUCAGUGUCUUAAGAUAGUGACUUAUCCAGAAUGA